GAUGUCAUUCACAGACUGGUGCAAGAACUUCACUGAUGCAGACGUUUGCCGUAUAAUGAACACCUCACUGAUCAGCAUCCAUAAGACCUGGAAUAAGGAAGUGAACUUUGGGAAAUGGACUCGAAACAACGACCCCCUGCUGAACCGCUGCGGUGGCUGUACCAACCACAGGCAGACAUUUCUGCAGAACCCACAGUACUUGUUUGAUGUCACCAAAGAAUCUGACGAGGUCCUGAUCUUGCUGCAGCAGAAAGACAGAAAGAUCUACAGGAAAGAAGGUCAAGGAGACAAUCUAAGCAUCGGCUUCAACGUCUUAAAGGUAGAGGUGAACAGGAAGUAUCGUCUGCACGACUUGGUGACGCAACAACUUCUGCAUACCUCCACCUACAUCGACGCUCGGACGGUGUUCAUGAGAUGUGAGCUGCCACAGGGCCGAUAUGUCGUCAUGCCGACCACCUUCAAGCCUUUCAUAGAAGGAGAGUUCAUGCUCCGACUUUACACGGACGUGGACUCCGGCUGCCGCCUCGGCAUCACAGUGGCGGACGAUGGAGAGUUUUGGAUGUCAUUCACAGACUGGUGCAAGAACUUCACUGAUGUGGAUAUUUGCCAUCUAGUGAACACCUCACUGAUCAGCAUUCAUAAGAACUGGGAUGAGGAAGUGAAGUUUGGGAAAUGGACUCGAAACAGCGACCACCUGCUGAACCGCUGCGGUGGCUGUACCAACCACAAGCAGACAUUUCUGCAGAACCCACAGUACUUGUUUGAUGUCACCAAAGAAUCUGACGAGGUCCUGAUCUCACUGCAGCAGAAAGACAGAAGGAUCUACAGGAAAGAAGGUCAAGGAGACAAUCUAAUCAUCGGCUUCACCGUCUUAAAGGUGGAGGUGAAUCGGAAGUAUCGUCUGCACAAACUUGUGACGCAAAAAGAAAUGAAUGAUUUCAACCACACCAACAUUCGGACGGUGUUCAACAGAAUCGAGCUGCCACAGGGCCGAUAUGUCAUCAUCCCUUCCACGUUCGAGCCUUUCAUAGAAGGAGAGUUCAUGCUCCGACUUUACACGGACGUGGACUCCGGCUGCCGGGAGCUAGUGCAGGACAAACCACAGACUAAAUGUUGGACUCCGCUCUCUGAAUAUCCUCAAGUUGUUACCCACAUAUAUGUGAAGAAAGCUGAGAUCGGUCAGCAAGGAGACCAGGCAGAGGGCAUAAACCCAUAUGUGAAGAUUUCCUGCGAGGACCAAUCAGUGAAGUCCACCACCAAGAAGAACUCUUUGACGCCGGUUUUUGAAUUUAGCGCCAUUUUCUACAGGAAGAAGGUCACAGAGCCCCUAAUAGUGCAGUUGUGGAGCGAUGACCUUGAAUUGGACAAAUUUUUGGGAGAAGUCGUGCUGCCAGGGAGGCCUGAUGACGUCUCUCACUCUCAGCACCUCCAGCUGGAGAAUAAAGGCAGUAAGACGGCGGACAACAUGCCCGGCAAAAUCAUCCUAAUGAUUGAGACUUCAAACGAGCUGACGGCCUUAUAAUGAAACGGUGCCUUCUUCAAUAUUUAACCCUUUCAUGCAUGAAUGAUGAUCCCUUGCGUCAGAAUUUUUCU